UGAACAAUUAAACCGCAGCCGGAAAAUCAAGGGAUAAUUUAGAGCUUUUAUGUCGGGUUGUGUGGCGGAUGCUUGGUAGCGGAGUCAGCUGGAAGGAAGUCUCGAGGAUCACGCGUUUGUAUCGGCGCUUGUUCUGUCCAGGCAGGGCUGCGCUCCGAGCCACGGCUCCUGCUUCUGGCUGUUCACAAACACUCGGUUAAUUCUCUGGAGCUGAAGAGCGCAAAGAAUCUUGUAUCGGUUAUGGACAGCAUUCUGGAUAAUCUCUCAAAAGCUGAGUUUGUUAGUGUUUGUGUUUGGGAUCCAAGGCUUCAUAAAGACGACCUGUGGUACACGCAUGUCGACUAUGAGAUCUGUCUAAAGACCAACAGUAUGUGUUUUCGAAAGAAGACUUCCUGUGUCAGACGGCGCUACAGUGAGUUUGUUUGGCUGCGUGACUGUCUCGAGCGCAAUGCUCUAAUCAUGGAAUUGCCCAAGUUGCCACCCUGGAAUCCCUUUUUCAGCCUGAAAAACAAGGAGCAAGUCAAGCAGAGGAUGACUGGCUUGCAGGAAUUUUUAGAACGUGUUCUUCAGAGUCCCCUGCUGUUAUCGGACAGUCGGCUCCACUUGUUCCUCCAAUCAAACCUGAGCACCAGAAGGAUUGAGAGGUGUGUUAUUGGCAAGACGAAGUACACGGUAGCAGAGGCCAUACAGCGUUCCUCCAGCGACUGCAUCCAUAGCUUACGUGGUGAAGCUUCUUAUGACUCGGAUUGUGAAAGCUCUUCAUCAUCAGGACUUGGCCUGAGUAUUGACCAUCCAGUGAGAUAAUGCCUCUUGGGUUCCUCUGAAGUGCUGAGUAAUCUUUCAGGCCCAGCCCACUCACUGAACACUAAUGCUCAGGGUACAACUGGAGUCUGGAUGUAAAUCCCCGUACUCAUCCAUUAAUGUUGGUCUUGCUAUUAUCUCGAAGGGCAAAAAGGCUCAUCUUAACUUCAGUACACUUUUUUUUUCUUCUCUUUUUUUUAAUAUUGUGUACUCUUAAAUCAAUAUUCAA